AUGUCUGAGCAUAGUACGAGUCAUAUCAAAGACAAACAGGGUCAGGUCGAUCAUGGUUUUGCGCAGUCGAUCCAACCACAUACACUGGGGCCUCUGAUUCCGAAGUCUUUGCCUCCAGCAGCUACAGCUCUUCCUAUUGGAGCCUUUGCGACGACAUUGACAACACUUUCUCUCAGCUUGAUGGAAUGGCGUGGAGUAACCAUCACCAAUGUUUACGUCGGCAACUUCUUCUUCAUCGCAGCUCUGGGACUACUUAUCUCAGCUCAGUGGGAACUCUCCGUUGGUAACGGGUUCUCUUACACCGUCUACAGCGCUUUUGCUCUGUUCUAUGCGGGAUACGCGGCGAUAUUGACUCCGUCUUUUGGGAUUGCUGAUGCAUACGGAGAUGACGUUGCGCAGUUCAACAACGCGCUCGGUUUCUUCAUGAUCCUUUGGGCCGUCUUCGUAUUGACAUUCCUUAUCGCUUCACUGCCCUCCAACUUAGUCUUCAUAGCCAUUUUCGCCCUGGUAGACCUGGGUUUCAUACUCGUCGCUGCAAGCUACUUCGCUGCUGCGGAUGGCAGUCAUUCGGCGUCGAUUGCCUUGAAGAAAGCAUCCGGAGUGUUUUGCUUUCUUGCCGGGCUUGUUGGCUGGUACUUGACUCUCCACCUGCUGAUUAAAGAUGAUUUGUACGAGCUCCCCCUGGGAGACACAUCAGGCUACUUUCCCAAGACACGCAAGAGAAACUAA